CAGUCAACCAAUUCCAAUUUCCGAAUGUUUUCAAGUUCAAAGCGGUGACCAAACUGCGCUCCAUUUCUACCGUGAAAAUCCUCCGGCGAAUUCUUGGCCUGCGUUCCAGUAGCAAUGCGAUCAGUGGUACCACAUCCCUUUAUCUCCAGAUUCCGAUCAUCUAUCCUCUCUUCUCUUUCUCUCAGGCCCCUUUCCGAUGCUUCAGCUUCUCACUUCCACCUCCACCCUAGUGCACCAACCUUCUCGCACCCAUCUAAAGACCUCCCAAACCCUAAUCCCCGGACUCUAACCCCAUCGGAAAAGCAUUUCGAUUCAUGGAUAAGCAAACUCCGUCCGGGGUUCACGCCGUCAGACGUCGACGAAGCCUUGCAGGCCCAAUCCGACCCGGACCUGGCACUGGACAUUUUCCGUUGGACAGGCCAGCAGCGAGGCUACAAGCACAACCAUGUCACUUACCUCCGCAUUAUCCGAAUUGCCAUCUCCGGUAAGCGAUACCGUGUUGCAGAAACCCUGGUGGAGGAGGUCCUCGCAGGCGCUUGCCCUCCGAGCCUCCCCCUGUACAACUCCAUGAUUAAAUUCUGCUGCGGCCGUAAAUCGUUGUUUAAUCGCGCAUUUGAUGUUUACAAGAAAAUGUUGGCAUGCGAAGAUGCCAAGCCUUCCCUGGAAACUUACACAUUAUUACUGAAUGCUCUUCUCCGUAAAUUUAAUCGGCUAACUGUUUCUUAUGUGUAUUUACAUUCAGUGAGAUCAUUAGCUAAGCAGAUGAAGGCCUCUGGCGUGAUUCCAGAUACUUUUACUUUGAAUAUGAUCAUAAAGGCUUAUUCAAAAUGUCUCGAGGUUGAUGAAGCAAUUAGGGUGUUUUGUGAAAUGGGAUUAUAUGGUUGCCAACCAAAUGCAUACACAUAUAGUUAUUUAGCUAAAGGGUUGUGUGAGAAGGGGAGAGUGAAUCAAGGGCGACAGUUCUAUAAAGACAUGAGGGAUAAAGGUUUUGUUCCAAAGGGAAGUACAUAUGUGAUUUUAAUUUGUAGUCUAGCAAUGGAACGGAGAUUUGAUGAUGCUAUUGAGGUGGUCUUUGAUAUGUUGAGUAAUUCAAUGUCUCCAGAUUUGCUGACUUAUAAAACUGUGUUGGAAGAGAUGUGUAGGGACGGGAAGGGGGAGAAAGCAUUUGACCUUCUUGAAGAAUUUAGAAAGAGGGAUAAUUUCAUGAAUGAGAAGACCUACAAAUCUUUGUUGGAUGUGUUGCAUUUUUUAAGUCGUGAAUAACUGUUUCUUGAUUUCUCAAAGUGCUCUAGAUGUCAAAGCCAUACUUGAAUCCUAGUAAUUUGACCGAAGACACCAUUAUUUUUUCUCUUUCAGCCUAAUUUGUCAAAUAGUCUAGUGUAAGUUUGAUGCCUUGUACUACUUUUAUUACCAGCACAUACUGUUGAAACAUUCAGAUAAUAUUUCAUUGAACAUUAAUAGCAAAUGCCUUCACUGUAUUUCUCUUGUAAACAAUACAAAGUACUAUAUUUCUAUGUGCACAGUCAGUGGCACCAAAUGCUUUUAACAAAAUGGUUGAAGGAGGGAUUUAUGGGCUUGGUCCAGUCUUGGCUGCAUUGUCAGCUGGAAGAAGGGAAUUGUAUGCUUUGUAUCUUCAGGAAGGGUUGGAUUUAAGCAGAAACAAGAGGAAGCCGAAGGAUAAUAAAGGGUAUGAAAAAAUUGUGAAGAUGGUGGAAACAUUGGAUUACAAUCAAUGGGUCUAAACAAGAACUCGGUUGCAGAUAAUAGGUCAUAUCUUGGUCUGAUCCUGUGUGCUUCUGAGUUGGAAAGGGUUGGUAUCAAAGAAUUGGAUCCUGUUUUGGUAGAGGGGCAAAGUGCUGCUCUUUAGAUGACUUUGAAUGCGGUCACUGGCCCUCAGAAUUUGGGACGAAUAGAGAUCUGCUUGCUUCUUUGGAACUGCAGUGGUGGUGCUAUGUGCCAACUUUGCACCAUUAAGUGGAGCUGUGGGCAAAGUGAGUCCAGGCUCUCUUGAAUUAGUGGAUGUUAGAUAUUGCAAGAACACUGAACUUUUUGGCAUCUUCAGCUGUUUGGAGGGUAUACGAGUCUCAGUAUGUUCAAGAGUUAUUCCCUUGGAUGAGCUGUGCCUGGUGUUCUUACAAUCUUUAUUUUGGGCAGUGAAGGCACUAGUUUGUGGUGACGAGGGAAACCCGAGGUGUUCACUGGGUAAAUCUCGUCUUGUGACUCUAGUUGGCAAAUGAUUACACGGAGGUAAACCAUCUUAGUUACCGUCAAUAGUUGAUCGACUCAAACCAAAAAGGGGGUGGGAUUUGGACUCAUAGUAUGAUUACAAGUCUAUAUCCUUAAUCAACUUGGUUGGAGUUAUCCAAAAAGGCACUAAUUUGGGGUUAUUGGUAGCAAGGUCUGUGCUCAGUUAUUUAUAAUUCCAUGAAUCAUACCUGUGGAUAUAAUUGCAAGGGGUGACGAAGAUGUGACAGAUGAUGGUUGUUCAGGUCACAGCUUCAAGUCCUUCAUGGCUAUAAAGAGCUUGAACAUUGGUUUUGCAGCAGGUGCACUUCUUCAUCCGUUCAUCGCUUGAUCGGUGGGAACUGAAUGAAAAGUAGACCAUCACAAGAAAAAUCACUGCUAUUUGUAAUUUCUUCUUAAAAUAAACUAAUUCCCUAACAUAUCAUAGGGAUGGCAAUUUGUCCUA